AAAAAUCUUCUCUCUAGCUACUUUCCUCAAUCAUGGAGUUUUUCCUAUAUCUUCAAGUAUUAAUUAUAGUUGUAAUAAUUACCUUAAUCAUCCAUCUUAUAGCAUCAUCAAAAUGUUUCAAGAACAAAAUAAAGUCAUCCCCACCUCAGCCAGCCGGAUCUUUGCCACUCAUAGGCCACCUCCAUCUCCUCGGCGGAAACAAACUAAUUCACAAAACAUUAAGCGACAUGUCCGACACCAACGGUUCAAUAUUCUCCCUUCGUCUAGGUUUUCGCAAAGCAAUAGUGAUUAGCAGUGGUCAAAUCGCCAAAGAAUGUUUCACAACCAACGAUAAAACCUUCUCCACUCGACCAAAAAGUCUAGCCUUAAAACUCAUGGCCUACAACCAAUCUGUGGUCGGAUUCGCACCUUAUGGACCAUAUUGGCGUGCCAUGCGGAAGUUUAUCACGAUCAACCUUCUUACUAGUCACAAGUUACAUCUUCUAAGAAGGAUUCGUUUUUCCGAGGUUGAUUUCAUGAUGAAAACCAUAUACCAAAAAUGGGAUGGAAACUCUGUUUUAAUUGAUGUGAAGGAGAUGUUUAAGGAUAUGAGUACGAAUAUCAUUACUAGAAUUGUUGCGGGAAAGCGAUACGGCGGCUGCAACAAUGAGGAAUCGAGAAAGUGGCAAAAGGCGUUUGGAGAAUUCUUGUAUUUAUCUGGUUUGUUCUUCAUAUCAGAUGCUAUUCCUUUGUUGGGUUGGUUAGAUGUUGUUAAUGGAAAUUGUGGAAGAAUGAAGAGAGCUGCAAUAGAAGCUGAUAAAUUGUUUGAUGGAUGGUUAAAAGAACAUAAAGAGAAGAGGUUUGAUGGGCCUAUAAGAGACGAGGAUAAUGAUUUGAUUCAUGUUAUGUUGUCUGAUUUGGAAGAUGGUGAUCUUGCUUCAUUAGAUUAUGAUUCUGACACAGUCAUCAAAUCUACUUGUAUGAGCAUGGUUUUGGGUGGAAAUGACACGACAUCAGUUGCAAUGACAUGGGCGGUGUCCUUCCUUUUGAACAAUCGACAUGUUUUGGCGAAAGCGCAAGAAGAGAUUGACACCCACGUGGGAAUGCAUCGUAAAGUUGAAGAAUCAGAUAUAGACAAACUUGUCUAUCUACAAGCCAUUAUGAAAGAAACUUUCCGAUUACAACCAACAUUUCCUUUGUUGGUUACUCGAGAAGCAAUGGAAGAUUGUACUGUAGCCGGUUUUGAUAUCCCAAAUGGAACACGCCUUAUGGUUAAUGUGUGGAAAAUGCAUCGUGACCCAAGUGUUUGGUCAGAACCAUUAGAGUUCAAGCCCGAAAGAUUUCUCGUGCAAGAGAAAAAUAUCGACCUAAGAGGAAAGAAUUUUGAGCUCUUACCAUUUGGUAGUGGAAGGAGGCUAUGUCCUGGGAUUACUUUCUCGCAACAAAUAAUGCACUUGGGCUUGGCUAGGCUCAUUCAAGGGUUUGAAUUGGACACAACUGAUGGUCUAAAAGUUGACAUGACCGAAAGCCCUGGACUAACCGUCCCUAAAGCUACUCCUUUGGAAGUUUUGCUUAUCCCUCGUCUUUCUCGGGAGCUCUAUAUGUGUGAAGAGAGCAACCUCAAAAUGUGAGUAUAGCCUAAUAAAAUAAAACUACUACUAUCCCUUGGUUGUUGCUCAUGUGCUUGAAUAAUUCACAUUACAGCAUGUGUAUAUGAAUUGUGCUUAGUUUGUAACUUGUUUAAUUAGUUAAUUACAUAAAUUGCUCUA